AGAAGAGAAGAUUUGAAGAAGCAUUUUGAAAGUACAUUUUACAUAAUCAUGUUUGUGCUCCGAACUGUAUUGGUGAAAUGUGUUUGAGUAUGAAAUGACAUCAUAUGUGAUCUACUGAAUCCAUAAAAUCCCACUAUCCCUUCACUCGAGACUCCAUCUCCUUCUUUCGUUCGCCACUCUAAAAUCCUCUUCAACUCUUUGCAACACUCAAACUCAUCAAUCGAUCAAAAACUCGAUCAGAAUGGCAACAGAUUCAGAUCGUAAUCAUGCCUUAGCCAUCAAGAUUUUAAAUUUAAUUGUGUUUUUCUUUUUCUUUGGUUCAAAUCUUUAUAGUUCAUUAGGUGGACCUUCAACUGGUUACUACUCUCAAAAAGAAACUUAUAUUACUCCUGCUCCUGAGACUUUUUGGAUUUGGACUAUUAUUAAUUUAUUAUUUUUAGGAUUCGUGAUCUUUCAAUUCUUUGAAAUCGGUACUAAGAUAAUUGUAGAUGUGAUCGGUUGGCGGUUUGCUGGGAUCGGAAUCUUACAAUCGAUUUGGAUUCACCUUUUCGUCGGUCAUCAUUACAUCUUAGCCUUUAUCUUCGCUCUCAUCGUAGCUUCUCUAGUAUCACAUGUUUAUUGGGAUCUACGUAACACAUCCCAACGAAAUAAAUCAGAAUUGAUUUUAGUUCAUUUACCUUUCAGUCUCUUACAUGCAUAUUUAGUGUUUCUCUUAGUUUUAAGUGCUUUUACUGCUUUUGGUGUCGAUAAAUCAGAUCAUCAUGCUGGUUUGAUAACUAAAGUUUUGGUUAACAUAGCUCUCUUAGGUCUUGCUUCUAUUGCUGUUGGAUAUGCAUUUCAAAGCGAUAAAGGUGAUGUAGCUGGCGCAGUUGUGAUUGCAUUAGAGUUAAUCGGUGUCUUUGUUAGACAAUCUAAUCCAACGAGUAUUCAUUGGGUUGCACUGGUGUCUUUUAUCAUCACUCUCUUUGCAAUCGUAAAGGCUGUGUACUUUAAUUUCAGAAAGGGUAGAAUUAGUUUAUCGGAUUCAGAAAGAGCUCCAUUAAUUGGAUAAAAAAAUCUCUUCUUUUGGUUCUUCAUUUCAUUUUGCUUCCUUUUUCUGUUCUUUUUGAUCCUAGUAUUGUAUUUCUUACAAUAAAAACUUCAAAACACAUUUCAUCUCUCUCUCUCUCUGUUGUUUGCUUACUUUAAGUCUUGUAUUUUGAAAAAUUGAUUGUGUAGUGAAUUUGUUGUUCUUUUACCUCAGGG